GGCGUGGUCCUCACGUUCGUACAAUCUAGGCUUUGACAUCACACAGGUGAUCUGCCAUUGAAUGCUGAUGAAAGACGGCUGGAGAGCUUGAAAGAGAAAUAAGGCUACAAGACGCGAGCUAUUUUACCUACUUAAUUCGUUACCUACUUAAGUUUUAGAGAACGUUUUCGAGCUUUUUAUGACAUUGUAAAUGUUGAUUAAUUUUAUGUAGGGUGCAGUGGGCAUUUUAUGUUUUUUCGAUUUCGACUUUUUUUUUUUUAAGGCGUUUUGCAGAUAUGCCCUCACAUCAGUUUGGUGUUCUCAAGCUGCUUGUUUUCAAAGUCACACUAUUAAUGUUCAUGAUUGAAGGUGUUAACUGCGCAUUGUCCAUCUCUCUCCGGGGACCGUCCCUGGUCAAUGCCACCGUUGGCAGCAAUGUGACUCUGGCAGUGACAAUCCUUGGUGCGCCUGACCCUAUGGUCACAUGGAAGAUGGGGGGUUUACCUGUGGUGAUCUGGACCCUUGGCUCCAGUGAAGCUCCAGCCAUAUCGGACUCUAACCGCGAUGUGUUGACAAUUGAGGCUGAUGGUUCUCUCACCUUUCAAAAUUUGUCGUUUGCCUACAGUAACACGUACACACUGGACAUAAUUAAGGUUGGAAUGGUCACUGUCUCGGCCAAAUUCUCCCUCAAUGUCUACGACUACAUCCGCAACGUUUCUGUGACCGUUCAGACUGCUGACGCCAUAGAGGGAGCGGACAAGUAUACUCUGCAGUACAGCUCAGUGCCGGGAGAGCCAUCCCAGUGGUGGUGGUAUUUCAACAGUGUGCUGAUACGGAACAGUUCCCACUACACAGUAGACCAGAAGAGCCUGGUCAUCCAUCAGCCCAGCCGGACUGACACGGGACGUUACACCUUGGUCCUAUCCAACCCUUUCAGUGCCGUCACAGCUCAUAGGAACAUCACUGUUCUCUAUGGACCAGAUGAGCCUGUUCUUGGUGUCAGUCCGUCGCAGACUUUCUUUGUGUCUGGAGAAUCCCUCGCUCUGUCCUGCCGGGCAGAGGGUGUACCGCUGCCCUCGGCCUCCUGGCUGUUUCAGGGUCACACCAUUGGUUCCCAAGGAGGACGUCUCAAUCUGACCAGUGUCCAGACCAGCCAGGGGGGCAUAUACACUUGUGAGCUUUUCAAUGAAAACACAGGAGUACGUCGCAAGAAGAACUUGACCAUCAAUGUUUACGAGAGGCCGGCUGGCAGCCCACUAUGCUCAGUCAAUGCAGCACAUGGAAAUGCUAACCUGCAGUUCAACUGCCAUUGGCCAGGGGGCACCCCUGAGGCCUCGCUGUCCUUCCCAUUCUUCAACACCACCACCAGCGGGGCCGGAGACUUCAGCUUGACCAGGCCUGCCUCCCAGGGCCUUAAUGGAAAAACGAUCCUCUGCAGGGUCGACCACCCUCUCCUUCAGACGCAAUGUAGUAUUACCUUAGGUGGUCCUGCAGAAAUCCUCCUGACGGUCACCGCUGUCGACCAAGGUGGUCAAAUAGUGGUCAACAUCCAGUGCCACAGCCAGGCCAUGCCCAAGGCUAUGGUCACAUGGUUAAAAGGGAGUGAGAUCCUAGCCAAUGGGAUGCAGUACCAGAUUAACGAGGACACCACCCAGCUCAGCGUUCACGGUUUCAACAGCAGCGUGGCUCGUCUGUACAAUUACACCUGUAACUGUAGCAACCCCCUGGGCAACACUGCAAAAGAGACUCAGCUCCUGGGCCCCACCAUAUCAUAUUCCCAUCUGUUUCCUAAUGGAGAUGGAACGGCCGUCACAAUCACCUGGGAAGUCCCUCCCACCUCUGUGAUUACAGGGUUUGACAUCCAGAUGAGCGGGCCAGACCUUAUGUCUAAAAGUGUAAGACCAGGGCAAAAGGCCACAGACAACUUCCGUACUGUUCAGCAGAAACCUAGUACUUCCCGGAGCGCCAACAUCUCAACUCUAGAUCCCAAGUCCACAUACCAAUUCCGGGUCAUUCCUGUUGCUGGCGGAAUUCAGGGAAAACCAUCUGAGGUACAGAGCCUUGGACCAGGUCUGAGCCAGUCACAGAUUAUAGGGCUUGCUGCUGGGAUCCCUUGUGGAGUAAUCUUCCUCCUCCUCCUCAUUGGCCUCAUCUGCCUUUGCAUCUGCUGCUCCAGGAAGAAACGCAAAGCAAACAGAUAUCCUGUGGCCAGAGUGGUGGAGAAGGUGGUGACAACCCAACCGAAUAUUAACGCUCCUAGCUACCUACUGACUGGAGGACUCAAACCCCAGCCUGAUCAUGACCGAAAAAACCCACAGAUGGAUCCCACGGAGCGGUCCGUCCCUAUCCCCAGAUUUGUUUCCCCUCCCCAUGUGAGAACUGCCACUAUUGUGUAAUGUGCCAAGACCAGAGGAGUAAUAACUAAGUCUUCUAAUGUCACCAUUUUUCUUGUCUUAUUUUCACUGAUCUAUGAUGUCCUAAUCAUUUAUAUGUUCUUAAUAUUUUAGCACAAAUACAAAGAUCACACCAGUCAGCACUUUUUGAAAUAUGAUGAAGUUUCCCUCUGUAACUGCACUUAAUUUUUAAUGAAGUUUCUCAACUCCUUUUGGACUGUUCAGACAGCAAUUAAGUCUCACUUAGUCUUAAUCUGUGUCUGCGAAAACUGUUCCUUAGUGUUUUUGUAAAACAUUUUCUAGUGGUGAUCAACCACUUUUGUUUUUGUUUUCAAUAAACUUGAAUGGCCCAUUGUG